GUCACCAGUUCACACUGAUAUUCUUCAUAACCUAUCCUACAAUGGGUUUGUUAAUGAGCUUCAUGGGCAAAAGUUUGCCGACUACCCAAAUGUUGAGUCUGGUAAUGGGCACAUUGUACAGUAAAUUCAUGGAGAAAGAGAUCAAUAGCUUUGAUGACUUCCAUUUCGCCGUUCUUGACAUGUUCAACACUAUAAAUGCAGCAUUGCCUGGUAAACAUUAUGAUGUUCCACCACCCAACAAAGUGCAGGAAAUUUUCAUGAAGUGGGAAGGGGCAAAUGAGCCAGAAAAGAAGAAAAUAUUUGUUGAUUUCAUGAAGACAAGUGUAAGCAUGAGCAAGUUUGAUGACUCAACUCUCAUAACAGGACUAGUUACGCCACCAGCAGCUAUGGCUGCAAAAAGAGCAAGUGAAACAUUGCCACAGUUGAAGAUGAUCAAAGUCAUCCCAGAUGUCAUCUUUGUGCCAUCUGCAACAGUUUUGGCUCUCAUAUCUGCUAAGCUCUCAAAAAAGAUGUUCUUAGGAAAUGUAGCAUCAUAAUCAUUCAUGUUUUUAAAAAUUAACCAAUUCCCAAUAUAUGACAUUUAAUUCCUCUUGCA